CAGUUCUGACCCCAAACAUGGCGACAGAGAGCUGUGAAAAGUGCUGAAUUCUGACUACAUUUCGACAAAUUUGCGAAGGUCGAGCGCUCGGAUCUCUUCAGAAUCUCAUCAGAGUUGAUGGUCAGCAUGGGCCGGACGGUACUGAAAGAACAAGUAUGACUUUAAUUCUUCAGCUGAACGCAUGAGAAGAUCAGUUUGGGUGAAUAUUAUAGUUGUAUAAUGAAAUAAUGUUAACAAAUGAGAGCUUACUGUAAAGCUUUCCAGCACCUGCUCUAGCUGAUAAUGAUGAAAACAACUCAAUACUUCAUUUUCAAACAGAUUGUAAUCAGAGCAUGAGAUUGCUGUCGUUCUUCUGCAGAUCACAAAGACAGUAAGAAGGAUAAAGCGGGCAGGAGCAUGUCUCUCACAGGUCCUGGACCGGUCAAAGUGACUGAGUCCUUCUCAUGGGAGGAGUAUUUAAAAGAGACGUCAUCCGUUCCCGCCCCUCCCAGCUGCUUCAGACAGUCUCAGUUUCCUCCCUCCAACGACUUCAAGGCCGGCAUGAAGCUGGAGGCUCGGGACCCUCGAAACUCCACCUCCACCUGCAUCGCCACGGUGAUGGGCUUAAUGGGCGUGAGGCUCCGCCUACGACUGGACGGCAGCGACAACACCAAUGACUUCUGGCGAUUGGUCGACUCCGCCGACAUCCAGCCAAUCGGAACCUGCGAGAAGAACGGAGACAUGCUGCAGCCGCCGCUGGGAUUCAGGAUGAACGCCUCGUCGUGGCCCAUGUUUCUCCUGAGGACCCUUAAUGGAGCUGAAAUGGCACCUGCCACGGCAUUUAAAAAGGAGCCCCUGCGGCCGCCCCACAACGGCUUCAAGCCCGGGAUGAAACUGGAGGCCGUGGACAAGAAGAACCCGUACCUGAUCUGCCCGGCCACCAUCGGCGAGGUGAAAGGGGAGGAGAUCUUCGUGAUGUUUGACGGAUGGAGGGGGGCGUUCGAUUACUGGUGCCGCUACGACUCCAGGGACAUCUUCCCCGUGGGCUGGUGCGCCGCCACCAAACACGGUCUACAGCCGCCCGGCAACAGCAUCACCGCUCCAAAACCGGGUCCUACCCCUUCCUCGUCCUCAAACCCCAAACCGCCCCGGCGCUCCAUGCCUUCUCCUUACCGCCUGCCGACUCCUCUUCCUCAACUCCCCGUGCGGAAGGGCAUCAGAGGACGGCGGCCGAAAAGCGAGACCAUUGCGCUGCUGAAAGCCCUGGCCGCUUCCACUGCGGCCCAGGACACAGAAGAUCCAGGAGGUGCCACGCCCCAAACCACGCCCAUCUCCCAGCUUCCCCUGCGCCCGUAUAAGAAGAGGGGACCUAAACCAGGCAGCAAGAGGAAGUCCAGACUCCUUCACAGAUCUAUGUCUAUAGCAGCCAGCUCAGACUCCAGGGUGCCCAUGACUCAGAUGCCCAGCGAUGGACUCUCUUCUCUGGGAUCCCCGUCAUCUGUGGUGUCUACUGUGUGUGUGUACGUGAACAAACACGGGAACUGCGGCCCACAGCUGGACCGGAAGCGGGUUCAGAGACUGCCGGACCACUUCGGGCCGGAGGCGGCGAAUCUGGUUCUGCAGCAGACGGUUCAGGCCUGUCUGGAUUGCGCGUACCAACCCAAAGUGCUGCUGGGAUGCCUGCAGAGCCAAGGCGGUGGAGGAGAGGUGGUCAGAGUCCGAACAGAUGGCGGGACGCGGUUGGUGAAGCUGCCGUCAGCGUCCAGCGCUGGGUGUGUGUUGCGCUUUCUGGAACUGGUGUGUCGACACCUGCUGUGUGAUAAUCUGUUCAGCAGUCAACCGUUCAGUCCACACAGCACCUAUGACCGCGGUAAAUCAGUUAAAGAGGAAAUGAUGUCAGACGGGCCGUCUCUGAACCGGGCUGUGAAGCGGAUCUCCAGAGACUCUCCGCCGUACUGCGCUCCUCUCUCCCCUAAACUCCUGCACACGGACACACACCCGUCAGAAGCCGAGACUCUUCCUCCAGAGGAGAACGGGUUACUGAAGGAGCAGCGCUUCAUGGACUCCGCCUCCAACUCCAUGACGCCCCGCCCACAGACCUUGAGAAGCACCUCGGAGUAUCAGUCACCCCCCAGCAGCCCGUAUUACCAUGGCAACGGCCCGCCUCUACGGCGACAGGCCUCCAACCCCCCCACACAGACACACCGGCGCGUGGAGGCAGCCAGCUCUACCACGGGUCCCGAGGCGGCGGCGGCGGCGGAGCGCGGCGUUCCCAGAACCCCCGGGAGGAGUCCGUCUUCCUGGUCCAUAGAGGAAGUGAUGCAGUUUGUGCGGGACGCGGACCCCGCAGCCCUGGCCCCGCACGCAGAGCUCUUCAGAAAACACGAGAUCGACGGUAAAGCUCUGAUGUUACUGAGGAGCGACAUGGUGAUGAAGUACAUGGGGCUGAAGCUCGGACCGGCGCUCAAGCUCUGCCAUCACAUCGAGAGACUCAAGCAGGGGAAGCAGUGAACACGCAAUCUCACCUCCACACCCACACGCUGCUACAGAGGGGGCUGAUGGGAAAUCACUGUGUGCUGCUCGGCGGACGCGCUCGGAACACACUACGCCGCUCGUCUCUCCAGAAACACACACACACACCAUCUCUCCAGGACGUUCAUUUGCAACUGGAGCACACUGAGGAACUCUAGUGCCGCUCUCUGGGAACGACCAUCGUACCUCCUCGCCAGGAACGAACGGGAAGUCAGUUCUUACCUCCUGCGAUCUCGUCUCCCCAAAGAUGUUUGAGGCUUUACGGGCCGAUUAUCUCAUCGAUAGUGGCCGUUUCUGAGUCGGAUUCAUCGCUCUACCUCCCUGUGAUGUCGUAGUAGUUCACCGGUGUUUCUGGAAACGCUUACAGCCACUGAAAAUCUCGUUUUUCGCAAUUCCAUCAAGUCGUUUGUGUAUUCAGUUGGCGUCAAACAAACACUUUGCCUUUGAGUUUCGCAGGUCAUGUUUAAGCGAUCUUACGGGAAAAGUUCAUGCAAAAAGUUGACCGUAUGACGUUUCGUCCGUCGAAUGCAAAAAGAGAUGUUUCGAAGAAUGUUCACGCUGCUCGUUUUCAUGGCAGAAUUAGUGUUUUUGACCAAACAAACCCUUGCUUGUUUCUGUGAACAAAUGAAAAGGGUUUGUAAGAUAUUUGGUCAAAAAUGAAAUUUACAGGAUUAGUUCACUUCAGAAUUCAAAUUUCCUGAUAAUUUACUCACCCCCAUGUCAUCCAAGAAGGUUUUUGAGGAAAACA